AUGCAGUCGCUGCCAAACGAGCUCCUAGCUCAAAUCGCUGCGCACCUCGCAGAUCAACCUCCAUCAAUCAUCAAAUUCAAUCACGAGCCAACCGCCAAUCUCGCUUACUCAAACACUGCACCACUCAAAGCCCUAUCGCAAGUAUCAUGGCGCUGGAGAAAAGUCGUACUUCCCAUCCUCUUCCGCUUCACGCGCAUACCCUUAGACAAGGAACCUCAAUGGGUCCCCAUGGACGCACGCCUCGUCGACAGCAUGCAAGGCCAGCUAUCCAAACUGAGUAACCACGAAUUCAUGCUCUACACAAAACUGCGCAGCAAGUUUAAAAGCACCUCUGGAUUUGCUUUCGAGCCAGAGAUGGACGAUGUACUCAUCCAGUUAUGUCGGAUACAGGAGGGCGAUGAGUUUCUGAAGACGACACCACGGAUUGUAUGGCUUCCGCAUAUUUCAAAGUGGUUUGAGCAGUUCGUAAGAUUUGUGGAGGGGAACAAGUUGCAGAGGCACGUCAAGAGUGUGGUGUUGCAUACGGACAAGGAAUACGACUUACGUCAUGUAUCCACCGCUGAAGGACCGUUGUCGCGCUCCGUCUCGGAAAUCUGGAGCCAGAUAUUUGGGUGUUUGGAGCCGGAGCGUGUUGUUGUUGCUGCGCCGCCGAAGACCAUGGCUGCGUUGCUGGAUUCGGCCGUGGGUACCAACGAUAUUUGGGCUUUCGAAAUGAAGAUACACUACAUUGAGCUUUUACAAACCGAAACACCUGUCGGGGAAACCGAACAUGGAAGUAGAGCAGCCGAAUCUUCUCUCAUCCACCGACGACCCUGGUACCAUAUCGGCUACAACGAAGGUUCCUCCAUAACCGCAUACAGUACCUAUGAAUUCCAUCUCAAAGUAGCGCCCCGGAUCCCAGAAUUCAUCUUCAAUCGUCUUGGCUCGAGACCAGAGUCAUGUCGCAACUUGAAAUCAUUUAGUUUCAUAGCUGUCUUCCCCCUCUCCUCUGCUGUACAUGACAUUGUGCGCGCCUUUCAUAGAGUCCCCUCCAUCAAGAAAGUCACAUUCCGGCUUGCGCCCGGUCCUGAGAACGACCUUCUUAGUAAUGGGAGUAAGAGGAGGAAAGCGCAAUCGAGUGAUUUCUGGUCUGAGUGGCGGUCGGCGUAUAAGGUGCUUGCAAAUGCUGAAGAGUUCUCUAAUAGGAUUAAGGAUGGGGAGAAGCAGGAGGGAUGGGCGACUGUGGAGGAGAUUGUGAGUGAGGAUUGUUAUUCGAAACAGUUGGCUGUGGAGGUUACUGAGGUUGUGGAACAUUACAUGAAGCAGGGAAGGUGGAAGUGGAGAGAGGACGGGGUGGGUAGGUGGGUCAGAGACGAUAUACCGGAGGGGAAGACGAUAUUGGAGGAUGCAGCAUCACAGUAUGGCAGCUGA